UGCAGUCCCAGGUGGAAUGUAUGAAGUUAAAGAGUUGUUUCUGGAAGAUGUAUUGAAAUGCACUGGAUAUACAAGCAAAAUAAUGGAAAAAUACAAGAAAGAACUGUUAACAUUGGAAGAUCAUAAAAAUAAAUUAGAAGAAUGGUGUCAGCAACGAGAAGUGAAAAUAUCUGACACGAUUGGUAAAGAAGCUGUUGAAGCCGAUGAACAAAUUGAUGAAGGAGUUGAUGUGGAUAAAGAUGAAGAUUUACAAGUUGUCACUACUGAGAAAGAGUUGGACACCAGUGAAAUGGAACCAUGGCUUAUUAAGGACUUGGACCGAUGUAUAAUGGAUGUAUGGUUGAAAGGCAGUGAUGAAGCGUUCUCUCAACUCUUCCAUCUCAUACACAGUGAGAAUGUCAGUGUUGAUUACAAGCAUAGCGAGACAGGAGCGACUGCAUUAAUGGUGGCUGCAGGUAGAGGAAAUAUGGAUAAUGUAGAGAAACUGCUCAAUCUUGGUGCUAAUGUGAAAGUCAUGUCAUCUAAUGAUUGGACGGCCAAGGAUUGGGCCAAAGCGUUCAAUCGUACUGAGAUUGUUGACCUUCUUGAAGCGCAUAU